AUGCGGCGUGGCGUCCCGCUGCGGAACAGGGGCAGGGUCCCCUGCGGUGCAGAGGGGACCGAGGGCUUCCCUCAGCUGCCCGGCGGCCACGGCCCGAGCUCUGCUGCCCCCAGGCCUCCUGCGGGCGGCAGCUCCCGGCGCUGCCCAGCCCGUCCCGCCGCAGCCGCCAUCCUGCCGCCGCCGCGCGACGCUGCCUCAGGGCCAGGAGUGUCCGAGGGAGCUGCGGCCGGAGCGGGGCGCAGGGUCCGGCGGUUCCUCCCGCAGCCGUUCGGAACGGAGCGGCGCGGGGUGCAGACGGAGCCCCGCAGCGGGCAGCGCGGCGGGAGCGCCGGGGCCAGCGCUGGCUCUGUCUUUACCACUUGCAGCGAGCGCAGCGACCAGCGCUUCCCGAGGGAACUUCAGCUUUAUCGGACUUUUCCCACCCCGACGUGCUCCGUUAUUCGCAGCCGGCCCGUGACAUCGUCCCGGUGCGGCCGUGGCCAAGCCCCCAGGGUCGCGUUCACCACCCCGCACACCGCACCGAGCAGCAGCUUCGGGCGGAGCGGUAGGGACGGCGGGGACCAGCCGCGGGGCUCCCGCCGCGCCGGGGCAACCGUGCACAUCGCCGUGCCGCUCUUCCAGCCCCAUGACCGGCAGUAUCCCGAGUUCUGCUACCUGGAUCUUGUGGAGAGCUGUCGGGAGUUAGGAAAAGUUGGUACUUGGGGAGACAAGAAGAAAGACCUGGCUGAUCCCUUUAACAUCAAAGAAAAGGAAAAGCAAGAAGUGGAGGCUCUGGCGAGGAAGUUUGAGGAAAAAUAUGGUGGCAAGAGACGCAGGAAGGACCGGAUUCAGUACUUGAUUGACAUGGGGUACAGAUACGAUGAGUCCGACUCCUUCAUCGAUAACUCCGAAGCGAUGCCAAAAUAUCUUGGGAGGGUUCUUCUCUUGCAUCUGCUGGAGCGAGCACUGAUUCUGUGAUGCUGAAGUGAGGCGGCUAAAAGGGGGAAGAGCACGAGCCUUUGGCAUCCCUUUCCCGCUGGGAUCAUCUCUUGUGGAAAAGGUAGGUGCACUGAGCAGUGUUGAAGACCACAGUGCUGGCACACACAGUGACCAUGUGUGGGAUUUGGGUUCAUGUAUCCAGUGGGGAAGGACUGGUCUCCAAUUCUUGGGCUCUGGGGUGCAGGGAGCAUUGUAGGAGACACUUCGGUCAUGACUUGGUUUUAUCACCCUCUCCAGAAGUGUAAGUGGAAGAUGGAGGG